CCGAGCCGACUCCGACCGACUCGACCGCCGGCAGGCAGUUGGGCCAAGUUGUUCGUUCAGUGAGUCUCGGGCUGUCGUCUGCAUCGCGCGCGCUACGUGUGUUUGUGUCUUUUGUGCGUUCUGCGUCGCCCUGCGUCGCUCAGGCCCCGAGCGCCGUUUGCAAAGUGUCGAGUGCAGUGGCAGUGUGUGCGGGUGCAGUGGGCGUAUUUCGUCGUGUGUGAGUGUGUGUGUUGAAGGGAGCUCAGUGGAUAACCUAGCCCGUCUGGCAGCGAUAGCCGGCCGCCCGACCCACCGGCUUUUCAACCCCUGGAUUCUUCUGUCUAAUGGUGAGCUGGUGAGCCAGGCGGUCAGCAUCCCGGCAUGCAGUGAUCCGCGGGGUGCCGCUGGUGCGGUCAGAUGAACGGGAUGGCGCUCGGCAAGGUGGGCUCCGUGCCCAUGACGGAGGACACCCCGCCGGACCUGCUGGCCGGCGGCAUGGACCUCCGCGUCGUCCUGCCCUGCGGCUCCGUGACGCGCUGCAACGUGGACAGGAGCACGCCGAUCAUGGACCUGCUGGUGCAGUUGGCGCGGGCGCACCGCAUCUCCCCCGCCGCCCACACCCUGCAGCCCUUUGGCCUGAACAACACGCCCCUGCACUCACAGCCCAGCACGCCCAUCGGAGCCCUUGACGUGUUCACCGUCAAGAUCGUGCCCAAGGCCAGGUCCCUGGCGCCCCUGGCCAAGCGGACGGCGCCGCGGCCCACCCCAGCGCAGCCCUUCGAGCAGACGUUUCGCUUGCAGGUGCACCUGCCCCGGAACCAGCUGUUUGUCACGAGAGCAAGCCGAGCUACCGUUCUGGGAGACAUCAGGCAGCUGGCCUGCAGCGAGAAGAACCUGGACCCCAACAAGUACGAGCUGCGACACCCAGCCAACUUGGACCAGCGCCUCGACCCGGAGGCGACGCUCGGCGAGUGCGGGCUGACGGAAGUGGCCCUGGUGGCGGCCGGGGGCAGACUCUCGCUGUCGUCGCUCGGGCUGGGCCAGCUGGGAAUCGGACUGGGGCUGAGCCAGCCCCUGCCGGACAUCAUGGCCCUCCGCAGGCAGGAGGACAAGCGGAGGGAGGCGGCCAAGGCGGGGCAGUACGGAUACCUCACGUCGCACUCGAUGGCGCCCGAGGGUAGCGUGAGCAGCGCGAGCAGCGGCAGCCUCGGGGGGCGGUCCACGUCGCCGGCGCCGUCCGACGGAGAGCGAUCCACGUCGCCGCCGGCCCUGCAGCCGCUGCAGCAACUGCAGCCGCCCAGCAGGCCCGGGCGCAAGCGCAGGCCCGCCCCGAAGCCGCCCGUCGCCGCCAGCGGCGCGGCCACCACCACGGAGAUGAACAACAACAUCAACAAGGAGGUGAUCAACUCUGGCGGCACCGUCAUCUCCCACUCGAGGAACAGCUCGGACAGCAGCGGCUACCACGAGGCGUCCGUGCUGAGCGAGAGCCCCGAGGGAGGCAGCCACACAGACAGCCUCUCCGGACGCUCGGGCAAGCUGCAGUCGUGCGUGUCGCAGCCCAACCUGAACCUGUCGCGGUCCAUGACCAACCUCAACAUGCCGCUGUCGCAGCACCAGCAGCUGACCGUGCGCGGCAACCGGAACAGCAUUGCCGUGUCCGGGCACGGCCUAGGCCCGCACGGCCUCGACCACGGCCUCGGCCGCGUGCCCGGCGCGCACCGCGCCAGCACCAGCUCGCUGGCCACCGCAGGUCAGAAGAAGAAGAAGGCUCCUCCUCCUCCGCCGCCGCCGAGCCAGCAGACCCGGCCCGCGACUAACGGCACCGACCAGUUUCUGAAAACCCAGUCGCUGGAGCGGCAAAACUCUGUCCCGGACAAGGAGGCUCCCGUCGCCUCGAUGACCAAGUCCAGCACCCUCCCCGCCUGCAGCACCCUGUCCGCGCCCACCCCCACUGCGGCCGCUUGCACCCCUGUAGGCUCGGCGCCCGAGUCCGCCACUGGCUCCAGUAGCAGCUGCCCCACCCCCACCCCCUCCGAGCAGUCGGUCCAGCUGUCAGAAUAUACUCCUCCCAAGGUCGCACCUCGCUCUGUGCUAGGGCUAGCAGCACAACCGAUACCUCGCAGUGUGUAUCCUGAGGACACCCCUCCAGCACCUGCACCAGCUCCAGUUCCAAGGCCUCGCCCUCGCAAGCAGGCUCCGCCUCUCCCGACAAGUCCAACAAGCCCGUCAAGUCCAACAAGCCCCCCACUUUCGCCAACCAAGUCACCGUUGGCUCGGCCUGUACGACCACCUCCUGCUCCUCCGAGUCCGGGAACACCAGGAACACCUACACAAUCAGCUGGUACUGGCUCUUGGUCACAGUCGACAUCACUAGAUGGCAUGGACAGCGUGUCGGAAGCAAGCUCGGCGGUCUUUGAGGACCAAACUGAGGCUGCAGAGAAUCCUCAGACUCAGAAUGACAAGACCAGUUUCGAACAGACAGAACCCAUUGACAAGGAAUUGGCAACCCAAGAGCCUCACUUGGUUGUCGAGGAAAAGAUUGUGGGUGGUGUGGAAACAAGAGUGGCAGUUACUGGUACUGAGGUUUCUGGCUCUGGCAUGCAAGUUGUGGCCCAGGACCGAGCUCUUCAGAAUCUUACCACCAAUGGUGAAGAAGCUGACAGUGAUCUGGGUACAGAAGAUAUUUCCCCCCAGAGAAGUGAGAUUCACGACGACAGCUCAUUAGAGCAGGGUAUUCAAGUUUCGGACACUGAGAUUAGUUCUAAAGAAGAAAUCUCUCCAGCAAAAUCUCAGUUACAUGCACUAAAAUCCGAAAUGGCAAGUAACUUGUCAAAAACUGUUAAAGAUGAGCCUGAUGCAAUUCAGGUUGCAACUCCCAAUAAGCUGUCGCAAGAAAUUGUGGAAGAGGAAUGGGAGUAUAGAUUACCCUCCCCACCUUCUGCUUUCAGAGAUUCUCGCUCUGACUCUCCUACUGUUACAGAGUUUGACACGGUGACUCUGGCAGAAGUUCAUAUGAACCCAGAAGAAAAUGUACCUGCUUGGGAAGACAAACCAUCUAAAACAGUCUCCUCAGACGUCAAUUCUGCAGCUUUUGUAGAACCUGCAAAAGAGAAUAAUAAACCAACUAAAUCUAUGAGCCCCAUCCAGGAUAAGGAUACUGUAGCCUCAGAUUCCAAUGUGGAAUUCAAGAGAGAACAUAAUGAAAAAGAGAAAUCCAAAGAGAAGCUCUCUUCAAGCUCAGCAGAAAAGUUGAUGAUUAAUGAAACUGUGAUAUACACAGCUCAGACUGUGAUAAAUUCUAACAAUGUGCCAAAUGAUGUAGAGAAGAGGAAGUUGGAAGGGCCAGCAGCAGUUCUUGAUGAGCUGAACAGGGUUUUAACUGAACAGCGCAGUAGUAAUGUUGCCACUCAUCAACCUGUUUCCAGCCACACAGAAUCGUUGUCACACCAAGUGCAGGAAUCUGCUCCGAUUCAGAACUUUUCUAUGACAACAUAUUCUAGACAAAACUCAUCUGAAUGCAUGCCUCCUCCUGAAGUACGGCCAUCACUUGUCUUAGCAAGGAGAUCAUCUUUCAGUAAUAGUAAUGGCAGUCUAAACAUUAUGCCAAGGCCCAUGGGCACUGGAGUUAGGAGGACAACAUCACAUGCAACAUUAGUUGGAGGAAGAAGAGAUAGUAACACUGUCGAUGAAAAGAACCAAUCAAUAGAAAACCUGGCAUCAUGUGAAGAGAGAAGUCAUGUCAACUACAGUUCUAGGAGAGAGUCCCAGACCCUUGGAAGAGCAGUUAGUGAAAUGAACUUGUGCGCAGGCCUUUCAAUGACUCCAUUAGAACCCGAAUUAUUACGGGAGUUCAUGGAAUGGAGACAGCUAAAACAGAAGGAGCAGCAGGAGCAACAAGAGAAGGAAAAACAGCAGAAAAUGAUAAAAUCUCCUGAACUACAAUCACCUCAGGUGCUUCGUACAAUCCUACCCCAGCUUAGUCAGUCUCAAGAUGACAUUGGAGGUAAAUCUGAAAGUUUGAAGGCCGAUGCAAAUGCAAACAAACCACCUAGCAGUGCUACAGUUACAAAGGAAGAGAAUGAAAAUGAAAAGUCACAUGUCGAGGAACCUAAACAACAGCAGCCUGAACCAAAGGCUCAGGAGCCCAUCAAGAGGUCUGUCCCACGAGGACCUCCUUCCAUCCAGCUGUCUACCUGGAAUGAGCGCCCAAAGCGACAAGUCAGCAUUAAGAUGGACAGAGAUUACUGGAUUGGGGUUGGAGGAGCUGCUUUACGUCCCACUCAGCCCGGCAGAGACAAGGUGGAUGCUCCAGAGCCCAAGAUUCUGGAGGUGGUCUCAGAAAAACAAAAUGGGACUCACGUAGCUCCAGUUGAAGAGAAGGUCAAGGUUCAACCUCCUUCCCAAACAGUGCAGAGAUUAUCAAAACAGUAUAUAGUCCACACUACUCCUUCAGGAUUCAGGCGUUCUGCAGAUCCAUUACAGCCUGAAAGUAGUGUUACCAGUUCGCUUGGGAGGCCACAACCCACUAAACCUGUGGAAGAACCUGAAGCAGUCAAAACUAAACUUAUUAGUACUGCUGCUAAACCAGGGAUACCCCAAGUUGAUACUGGAAAGGUGGGCCAAAGCUUCCCAAACCAAACUUGCCCUUCUGAGACCACAUCUGUAGAAGUUCCUGUCACUCCCAAGAAUGAUCCGUCAAGAGUUCCCAUUGUUAGAGCUGUGGAACUUAAAAAGCCACCUAGUUCUUCAGAUUUAAGGAAACCUUUGAUUAGACAGAAUGCAACCACAACAUCUGCCACCAGCAACAGUGUCAGCAGUGUGUAUUUUUCUUCAGGACCGGUUGCAACUAGUUCAGUCUCUGCUAGUGCAAAACCUGUGAUUCACUCUGAUUCUGCAAAGCCUGCUGUUGCGGUGAAGAAAUUUACAUCUGUUGUGGACAUCAGCUGUCCAUCAAAUGACAAGAUAGUGAACAGCACUUCAGAGGCCCAAUCCUACAGCUUUGGACCCAGUGUUCAUGUGAAUGGGUUUGCAUCACAUCCUGAACCAAAGAGAAAUUUGCCAAUGCCCACAGUAAAGGGCUUCAAACUUGCUCAAGGCGUAGUAAACCGCCAGUUGUCUGCCCCUGCUUCAACUCCACCCCCACCUGCGCCAGUGCCACCUCCUGCACCUGUAAUGCCUGUGCUGAAGAAGACUCCCAGGCCAUCUUCCCUGCCUCCCAGAGUUCAGGACCCUCGCGACCAGCUCUUGGACGCCAUUCGCAACUUUGGAGGUCGCACCAAGCUUCGCCCGACCACAUGAUCAACAACCUGGUGGACAGCAUCAUGAAGGAGAAUGUUAAAGCAGGAGUCUUAAGUCAAAGUGAAUUAGUUUUGUAGCAUAGUGUGUGUAUGUAAAUUUUAAAUUAACAAAAUGUGUAUAGUUUCAAAGUUAUUCCUUAUUAUUUAUGUAUAAAUUUACAUAUGCAAGUUAUAUUGAAAAAAUGAAAAAAUGCUAUGUUCUUCUACAUUUAUCCAAUCUGUACGUUAGAAGCAGUAGUGUAAAUACUUGUAUCUACCUGCCCUCAUAUGCUCAAUUAUUAAUAUUUUGAAAGACUUAUUCUGUAUUCACAACGAGAGCAUGUGGUAUUUUAUUUUUUGUUUGUCUAGUGCAAUAAUUAAUACCCUGUUAGUAAAAUUUGAAGGAAGUGAGGAAGUUUCCUCAGUCAGUCAUUAAGAUCCACAAGUAGCUGGAUAUGAAUGUACAUUGUUUAAUGUGGAUAGAUUUGUGUUUAUGUGCCAGUAUGUGGGCCUGGGUUUUCAGGGUAUUUCAUAAAAUUUGGUUUAAACUGUUCAAUUUUGACAGUUUCAUAUCAAAGUUUAUUUACGUCAUACAUCUGCUGAACUUAUUCAGAUAAAUGUUGUUGUUAGACCAGUGUGUACCAACCAAUAAUAAUAAACACGGUAUUGUUAAAAUUUCUGAAA